CCAAAACCGAUCCGCCCCCCGCCGCAGCUCGCAGUCCGGCUCAGAGGGACCGAGGCACCAGGUGGAGAGACACACAGGAACCCGUCCUGCAGCGCCUCUCCUCCGCCUGCUCACAUCCACAGAGUCGCUGCCACCUCCACCGUCACGAUGAGUCAUUACGGGUCCCAGCAGGGGCUCAGCAUGAACCGCAGGGCCGGCUCCAAGAGCGACCUGUCCGGCCCGGGGACCUACAGUUACGCACGGAGCGAGGUGGUGCACGGAGGCGGUAAUGGAUACGACCCUUACAUGGACGGAUACAAAAGCCUUUCCUACUCGAAGACCACUAAAGCUGUCAGCGGGGGCGGCAUGACGAGCGCGACCAUGGGCGGUAGGGGAAGCGGCAUGAUGAGCGGCAUGGGAGGCGGCAUGAUGAGCUGCACGGCAGGCGGCGUGAUGAGCGGCAUGGGAGGCGGCAUGAUGAGCUGCACGGCAGGCGGCGUGAUGAGCGGCAUGGGAGGCGGCAUGAUGAGCGGCACGAUGAGCGGCGUGGGAGGCGGCAUGGUGUGCGGAAUGAGUGGCUCCAACCUCAGUGCCAUCCACCAGAGGGCCAUGAACCUGCAGGUCCAGUGCCAGGAGUACCUGAAGAAUGCCGAAUACGCCCUUCAGUCUGGCAACGCUCCGGGCGAUGCAGAGGGAUACAUGAUGAUGGCCAAAGAGACGAUCGAGCAGCUGAAGACCUGUGCGAUGGACCUGAGACAAAUGGGACAACCGAACGACAACGUAGUGAGGAGCUUGGAACAGUGUAAGGACCAGCUGAAGGGCGUCCACAUGGUCAUGGCCGGCUCCAUGAAAAGGAGACGCAGCACCAGGGGGAGCUCCGGAGGCUGGGAGGAGCCCGGGAGGAGCUACCAUGAUGCUAUCGCCUGGAUCUCACAGCAGAAGCGUCUGAUUGAAACUUCUCCUUGGGGAGACGACGCUGCCGCCAUCGAGCAGCAGAAAGCGAAUCACCAGAGGUUUCACAAUUCCAUCCAGCGGAGCACCGAGGUGGACCGAGCCAGAGACGACCUGCUUAAAAAAGGAGAUAAAGGAAAUCUUCACGCUCUGGAGCAGGAGUGGGACAGUCUCCAGCAAGUGUCGUUUGGUCGGACGCAGCAGCUGCAAGAUCUGCAGCAGAUCAUCCAGGAGAUCUCCAAAGAGAUCAUGUGGGUGAACGACAGGGAGGAGGAGGAGCUGGUGUUUGACUGGGGAGACAAGAACAUCGAACAGUACAUCCCCAAGAAGCAGGAGAGCUACUCUCAACUGAUGAGCGCUCUGGAGGAAAAAGAAAAGUACCUGAAUAAGCUGAAGGCCAAGGUGGACACACUCCUGAGUAACGACCACCCGGCCUCAGACAAGAUCGAGGCGUACAAAGACACACUGCAGACUCAGUGGAGUUGGCUCCUUCAGAUCACUAAAUGCAUCGAUACUCAUCUGAAGGAAAAUGCUGCUUACUGCCAGUUCUUUAAAGAGGCCAAUGAGACGUACGCCGAUCUGCAGAAGGAUCAUGAGAGUGUUCGGAAGAAGUUCACCUGUGACAAGAAGACGUCUCUGGAGAACCUGCAGGAGCUCCUCGUGAGCCUGGAGAGGGAGAAGGAGAGGAUCAUGGAAAACAAGAGGCAGGUUCAACAUCUGGUCAGCAAGUCGAGGAGCAUCGUGAGACUGAAACCCAGAAACCCAGAGGAGAAGAGCAGCGGCCAAGUCAUUGUCAAGGCUCUGUGCGACUUCAAACAAGACCAGAAGGUGAUCCUUAAGGGCAAUGAGGCCAUUCUGAAGGACAACAGUCAGCGCAGCAAGUGGGAGGUGACUGGCCCAGGAGGACUGGACAUGUUGGUGCCGUCCGUGUGUCUGAUCAUCCCCCCGCCCAAUCCGCUCAGUGUCAGCCUCGCCAACAAGAACGAGCAGUACUAUGAGGCCAUCCUGUCCAUCUGGAACCAGCUGUUCAUCAACGUGAAGAGUCUCCUCGCCUGGCAGUACUGUCUCCUGGAUAUCAGACGCAUCAGCACCCUCAACAUGUCCAUUUUUUCCAAGAUGCGUCCUGAGGAGUCUCGUCAAAUGAUCAAGAGUCUGGAGACAAACUACGAGGAGUUCAAGAGAUGCUGCCUCGGCUCGCAGAUGUUUGCUGACGAGGACAAGAGGGAAAUCGAGAACCAGUUCACCGGAGCCCAGAACCGCUACGACCAGCUGGUGGUGCAGCUGCCUACUUACAUUGCUCAUCAGGACCAAGAAGGCAUGCAGCAAGCAGCCGCUCAGCAAGCAGCCGCUCAGCAAGCAGCCGCUCAGCAAGCAGCCGAGCAGCAAGCUGCGGCUGAAGCGGAGGCUCGGAGGCUCGAGGAAGAGGCUAGGAGGCUGGAAGAAGAACGAAGGAAAGCGGAGCUGAAAAAACAGUCGGAGAGAAAAACGGACGUGAAGAAAGUGGUUGUGAAUAAAGAACAUGUGAUCAAGAAGGAGGUAGGGAAAGUGAACAAGGCAGAGGCGGGGAAGAAGAAGGUGGUGUCAUCCUCCCGCAGCUUAUCAGAGCUGCAUGCGCUCAGACUGAGGCUGGAGGCCGCUGAGGGAUCGCUGAGUCGGCACAUUCAUAUUUGCCUCGGAGACGAUGGGGAGCACGACUGUGGCCUCAGGAUCACACAGUUAGAGGCGGUGCAACGUGACAUAGACUCCAUGCUUGAGGAGUAUCUACGUCUGAAGGAGCACAUCCUGAAAGAACUGGAGGGCAUGAGUGAUUCAGAUAAAGCCCAGUUCCUCCGCAGCGAGAUAGGCAUCAUCAACCAGAGACUGGGGAGUCUGGAGAGCAGCUCUUCAUCCUAUCUACAGAGGCUGCGGGCUCUAAGGGACAUGCUGGAGAGUGUGGCUCGAGCUGAGGACAUAGUGAAAGUUCAUGAAGCGAGACUGACGGAGAAAGAGACCACUUCUCUGUCGCAGAGUGAAGUGGAGGAUUAUAUAUCGGACCUGAAGAAUAUUAAAGUCGAGUUGGAUCAGAAGCAGGAUGUUCUGACAACCAUGGAGGCGGAGCUGGCCAAGGCGAGCCACUGGAACGGACAGGUGGUCGGCCCCUACCAGAGGUGCGACCUGAUGCUGUCAAAAUACUCAGAGCAAGUGGGACUGCUGUCCGACCGCUGGAGACGGAUCCAGGGACAGAUCGACACCAGACACCAGGAUCUGCAGCUCUAUCUGCCUCAGCUGCAACACUACAAGGGAACCAGCUCGUCCUUCAGUGACUGGAUUGAUGCGACACGGAAAAAACAGGAAGCCCUGCAGGCCACCAAGAUCGACAGCAUCCAAACACUAAAAGACCACAUUGACAACCAGAAGGUGCUGAACACAGAAAUCAAAACCCGGAGGGAGACGUUAGACAGCGUGCUGAAGGACAAUGAGGCCUGCAUGAACUCUGUCAAGGACUAUGAAGCAUAUCUUGCCUCUUACUCAUCUGGUUUGGAGACUUUGCUCAACAUCCCCAUCAAGAGGACGAUGCUGAGGUCCCCAUCGAUGGAUCUAAAUCAGGAGGCCACGCAGCUCCAGACCCGUUACAUGGAGCUGUUUACACUGUCUGGUGACUAUUACAAAUUCCUGGGAGAGUUGCUCAAAAACAUGGAGGAGCUCAAGAUCCGUAACACCAGGAUUGAUCUGUUAGAGGAAAAGCUUCGCCUGCUGAUGGACGAUAUCGAAGACCUCAACUCCAAGAACAAAUCACUGGAAGACUCUGUUGCUCGCUACCAGCUGGACCUGUCCCAGUCCCAGGACCAGCUGCUGUCGAUGGAGGAGGUGAAGCAGAAGACGGCCAUGCAGUGCAACGCCACCAAGGAAAGCCUAGAUAGCACUCAUGGUCAGUUGGCAGACCUCAACGAUCAGGUGGCACGACUCAACUACUUACUCGAGGAAGAAAAGAGGAAGAGGAGGCUGGCAGAGGAGCGCUACACCCAGCAGCAGGAGGAGUAUGACUCGGUGCUGAGGAAGAGGCAGAAGGAGCUGGAGACGGUCAGCUGGUCCAAGGUGGAGGUGGAGAAGAGCGUGGUCACUAAGGAUCACGAGAUUGAGCGGCUGCGGAGGCAGCUGGCAGAUGAAGCAGCGAGGAUUGAGGAGCUACAGAAGGAGAUAUCAAAGGUAAGGAGCCAAUGCAGUGCUGAGGUCAAUAACUUAAAGCUGAGCUACGAAACCAACAUCCAAGUAAGUCGCACAGACAUUCAGAGACUGGCGGCCAAGAGGGAGGAGGAUACGACUGAGCUCCAGCUGCAGUACGAUAGGAUGGAGGCAGAUAGGAGGAAUCUGGAGGAGGAGCUCAGGAGGCUCAGAAUGUCUAUCAGCCAGGCCGAGGAACAGAAAAACAGGGCUGAGGAGGAAGCUCGCAGCCAGCGAGUUGUCAUCACAGAGGAAGGGCGGAGGAGGAGAGAGCUGGAAAGUCAGGUGGAGGCACUGAUGAGGCAGAUAGACAAGGAGAACAACCAGUAUAGAGAAGAGCUGGCUGAGAUGAUGAACGCCCUGCAGGAGAAGAGCGAGCAGCUGGACUACGUCACACAUAGUCUGGAGGAGGAGACCCGCAGGAGAAAAACCACAGAAGAAGGGCAGGGUGUGCUUGAAGAGAGUCUUGCCCAGCUGCAGGUGAAGCUGACAAACUCAUCCAUAGCUGUGACUCAGCUGAGGGAGUGCAAGGAGGAGCUUCAGACGAUACGAUUGGAGCUGGAGAAGGAGAGAAGGGAGCGAAGCAGAGUUGAACAAAACAUGAGCAGGUUACAGGGACGCAUCAAGGACCUUCAGACUGUGAGAGACGGGCUGGAGAGCCAGGUGGAGAAUCUGAGGAUGGCUAACCAAGACGAAGUGGCGAGAAGAAGGCAGGUCGAAACAGAGCUGGAAAAGACCACACUUGCAAUGACAGAGUACACAAGCACCAUCACUGCUCUGCGCCAGAGCCAAGAACAUGCCAGCACAUCUGGAAGAAAAGGGGAAGAAGAGCGGCUUAGGUUGCAGGAAGAGCUGGAGAGAAGCCUGAAGCAAAGCAAGACCUCUGCAGAGCAGGUGACCAAGCUGAGCGCUGAACUGAAGGCUCUGCAGCAGCAGCUACUCCAGGAGCAAGCCCGAGUCAAAGAGGCAAACCUUAGGAACGAAGGUCUUUACAAAACCAUAGAGGAGAAGAGUAAAGCACUGAAUGAGAACUCUGCUGAGCUUCAGAGACUGAAAGAAACGACAGAAACCCAGACCAAAGAGAGGCUGAAGCUGGAGGAAGAGCUGCGAACGGCAAGACAUGAUAAAGAGGAACUCUUGAGAUCCAAAAAGGGAAGUGAUGAUGAGCUCUCCUCUCAGAUAACUGCCCUGGACCUACAGCUGCAGGCCAGCGAGCGCAGUAACAUAGAGUACCGUAACCUGGUCUCAGAGCUCUCCUCUGAGAGGGAGAAACUCAAGCUGGAGACUGACAGAAUACAAAAGCAGGCCACUGAGAUAACGGCCUUGAUGCAGUCCACUCAGUCGAAAUACAGUGAGAUUGUAAAUGAGAGAGAUGCUCUGUUGCUGAAAUUCCAAUUGUCCGACAAGGACAAAGAUCGCUCCCGAACACUGGAGGAGGAACUCAGUCGCAUCAAACUGUCCCUAGAUUCUGAGCUUCGUAAUAAACAACAUCUUCAGGAUGAGAACGAGAGGGUUAAGAAGGAUUUAAGUUACUGGAAGGAGCAGUAUGAUAGCAAGAAUAGCCUCAUUAGGCAAUAUGACACGGACAAGGAGCGUAUGGAGAGGGAAAAGAGCUCUUUGAAAAGUGAGAUAGAGAGGCUGAUGCGAGAGCUGAAGGAGCUUGAGGAUACAUAUAAAGGUAGGCUGUCAGCCAUCCAGAAAGAACUUCGAGAGGUGUCCAUCCUCAGAGAAACCAUGGAGACUGAACUGAAAAAGGCGCCCCCAACCUUGGAUGCUUCCUCUGUGGUUUUUGAUGGAGUCCGCAAGCCAGUCACAGCAAGUCAGCUUCUUGAUUGUGGUGUAUUAGACAAACCAACCUUUAACCAGAUUGUGAAGGGACAUAAGACUGUCCCUGAAGUGUCUGCUGACAAAAAAGUCAGUCUCAAAGGAACAGGGCCAAUUGCUGGAGUAGUUGUUGAAGGUCCAAAGAGUCCAGACUCCGUGAGUGGACUCCUCUACAAAAUGACUUUCACAGAGGCCAAGACAGAGAAUCUCCUGCCACCAGAUAGUGUUGACCUGCUUCUGGAUGCUCAGGCUGCCACAGGCCACAUCAUUGACCCCAAAACUAAUCAGAAGCUGACAGUUCAGGAGGCAUGUAAUAAAGGCGUAGUUGAUGAAGAGGACAGAGAUAGGUUGUUAGCAGCAGAAGCUGCGGCUGUAGGGUAUAGCAGUCCUGGCUCAAGCAAACCCCUCUCUGCAUUUCAGGCCAUGAAGAAAGGACUGAUUGACAAGAACACAUCACUACGUCUUCUGCAAGCCCAGGAGUCUGUGGGAGGCAUUCUAGAUCCCAUACUUAGUGUGUUCCUUCCCAAAGACACAGCCAUUGAGCGGGACCUAAUGGAUGAUGACAUGUAUCGUGCAUUGAGUAAGAGGCCUGCUCUCUACCUGGACCCAGACAGUGAGGAGGGUGUAACUUAUAUGGCGAUGAAGAAGAGAUGUAAGGUAGAACUACACACAGGCCUUCUGCUCCUUCCUGUCUCAGAUAAGACAGACCUCUCCAGACUUGUCUUUGAUGGAGUUCGGAAACCUGUCACAGCCAAACAGCUGCUUGAUUGUGGUGUAGUAGACAAGCCAACUUUUAAAGAUCUUGAAAAGGGCAAGAAAACUGUCCCAGAUGUGUCUGCAGACAAAAAUGUCAAUCUGAAGGGGACUGGACCCAUUGCUGGGGUUAUAGUUGGGAAUCAAGGCAAAAUGUCAUUAUCAGAAGCUAAGAAACAAAUGCUUCUGCCUUCUGAUUGUGCAGAUUUACUCCUGGAAGCCCAGGCUGCCACAGGCCACAUCAUUGACCCUAAAAACAAUCAGAAGCUGACAGUAGAGGAGGCAUGCACCAGAGGUGUGGUGGACAUUAAGGAUCGAGACAAAUUAUUGGCAGCAGAAGCCGCUGCUGUGGGAUACAGGGAUUCCAGCGUGGCCAAGCCUGUCUCUGUGUUUGAGGCCAUGAAAAAGGGACUAAUUGAUAGCAAAACAGGGGUACGCCUCCUGCAGGCCCAGGAGUCAGUGGGAGGAAUUCUAGAUCCCAAUCUCAGUGUGUUUCUACCUAAAGACACAGCUAUCAAGCGCAACCUUUUAGAUGAAAACCUCCGUAAAGCUCUGAACAAGAAUCCUGCUUGUUACCUUGAUCCAGAAACUGAGCAUGAUGUCAGCUAUGGGGCAUUAAAGAAAAGAUGCAAGACAGAACCACACACAGGUCUGCUGCUUUUGCCAAUCACUGAGAAGCUAGAUCCUUCGAAACUCAUCUUUGAAGGUGUACGAAAGCCAGUAACGGCACAGAAGUUGCUUGAUUGUGGAGUCCUGGACAAACCAACAUUCAACAAGCUAUUAAAGGGGGAGAAAACUGUCCCAGAGGUGUCUAAAGAGAAAAAGAUCUUUCUAAAGGGAACAGGAUCAAUUGCUGGUGUGGCAGCAGGACAUUUAGGAAAAAUGUCUUUAUCAGAGGCCAAGAAACAGAUGCUCAUGCUCACAGAUAGUGCAGAUAUGCUACUGGAUGCUCAGGCUGCCACAGGCCACAUCAUUGACCCCACAACCAAUCAGAAGCUCACAGUGGAGGAAGCAUGUGCCAAGGGAGUGGUGGACAUUAGGGAUCGAGACAGACUGUUGGCAGCAGAAGCUGCUGCUGUGGGCUACCGGGAUCCGAACACAGCUAAGCCUCUUUCAGUGUCUGAUGCAGUGAAGAAGGGAUUAAUUGACAAAAAGACUGGGCUACGCCUCCUUCAGGCCCAGGAGUCUGCAGGGGGAAUAUUAGAUCCCAACCUCAGUGUGUUCCUCCCUAAAGAAACAGCUAUUAAGCGCAACCUUCUGGAUGAAGAUCUCUUAUAUGCGCUAAACCAGAGUCCUCAGUGUUAUAUUGAUCCUGACACUGAGCUUGAUGCCAGCUAUCAGGCUUUAAAGAAAAGAUGCAAAACAGAGUCUCAUACAGGCCUGAUUCUUCUGCCAAUCACUGAGCGGAAAGACCCUUCCAAACUGAUGUUUGAAGGGGUCCGCAAGCCAGUCUCAGCACAGCAGUUGUUUGAAUGUGGAGUCCUUGACAAGCCAACUUUUAACCAGCUAGUGAAAGGGGAGAAAACUGUCCCAGUAGUGUCUGUGGAAAAGAUGGUCUAUCUGAAGGGGACUGGGCCAAUUGCUGGAGUGGUUGCAGGGCGUCAAGGAAAAAUGUCAAUGUCAGAGGCGAAGAAACAGAAGAUUCUGCCUGAUGAUUGUGCAGAUUUGCUGUUGGAAGCUCAGGCUGCCACAGGCCACAUUCUUGACCCUAAAACUGAUCACAAGCUGACAGUAGAGGAUGCAUGUGCUAAAGGAGUAAUAGACAUGAGAGAUCGAGACAGAUUAUUGGCAGCAGAGGCAGCUGCUGUGGGAUACAAGGAUCCAAGCUCUGCCAAGCCUCUUUCAGUGUUUGAGGCCAUGAAGAAGGGACUAAUUGACAAGAAGACUGGAGUACGACUCCUUCAGGCCCAGGAAUCAGUUGGAGGAAUUCUAGAUCCCAAUCUCAGUGUGUUCCUGCCAAAAGACACAGCUAUCAAACGCAACCUUUUGGAUGAAAAUCUCCGCAAUGCUCUAAAACAGAGUCCUGCUUGUUACCUUGACCCAGAAACUGGGAAUGAUGUCAGCUAUGGGACUUUGAAGGGACGAUGCAAGACAGAGCCUAACACAGGCCUACAACUUCUGGAAGUCACCGAAACUUUUGACCCCUCUAAAUUACUCUUUGAUGGUAUCCGUAAGACAGUCACAGCACAGAUGUUGCUUGAAUGUGGUGUGCUGGAUAAAAUGACAUACCAACAACUACUAAAAGGGGAGAAAACUGUCCCAGAGGUGUCUGUUGAUAAGAAAGUCUUUCUGAAGGGGACUGGGUCGAUUGCUGGUGUUGCAGCCGGACCUUUAAAGAAAAUGUCCUUUACAGAGGCAAAGAAAAAUAAUAUUAUGCCUUCUAACAGUGCUGACAUGCUACUUGGUGCCCAGGCAGCUACAGGCCACAUCAUUGACCCAAGAACUAAUCAGAAACUGACAGUAAAAGAAGCGUGUGCCAGAGGAAUAGUGGAUAAAGAGGAUGAAUCAAAGCUGUUUGCAGCUGAGGCUGCCGCCAUAGGUUACAGAGACCCGAACAGUACCAGACUCCUAUCAGCAGGCCAGGCCUUGGGGAUUGGAUUAAUUGACAAGGACACAGCUCUACGUAUACUUCAGGCUCAACAGUCUGUUGGGGGUAUUUUGGACCCUACCCUCAGUAUAUUCCUCCCCAAAGACAUGGCUAUGAAUCGGGGUCUCAUCGAUGAAGACUUAUACCGGGCCCUGAAUCAAUCUCCUCAGUGCUAUCUGGAUCCAGACACCCAACAAGCAACUACCUAUGUAUCUCUGAAGAAAAAAUGUAAAGCUGAUCCAAGCACUGGUCUUUUGUUGCUCCCUGAAUCCGUAAAGCCAUUAACUGUCCAUGGGCUCAGGGGCGAGGUGUCAGUCAUGGAUCUGGUAGAUGCAAAUCUGCUUAAACAGUCAGAUGUGGACCAACUAAACAAGGGCAAAUUGACAUGCCAGGACAUCCAAGACCGCCUGCGCAUCUACCUGAGGGGCUCCAACUGCAUAGCAGGAAUUUUUGAUGAGGCCAACGAGAAAGUGAUGCCCAUCUAUCAGGCCAUGAAAGAUGGACUGUUGCGACCUGGGACCACUCUGGAGCUGCUUGAGGCCCAGGCGGCCUCAGGUUUCAUAAUUGAUCCAGUCAAUAACCUGUAUUUAACUGUUAAUGAAGCCUAUGAUAGAAAACUUGUUGGGCCAGAGUUCAAGGAUAAGCUGUUAUCAGCAGAAAGAGCUGUGACUGGUUACAAACUGCCUGGUACAAACAAGAUCAUCUCCCUCCUUGAGGCCAUAGAAAGAGGUAUAAUGGAGAAAGGUCAUGGCAUCCGCCUACUAGAGGCCCAGAUUGCCAGUGGUGGUAUCAUUGAUCCUGAGCACGGACAUCGUAUUGACGUGAAUGUGGCCUAUAAGAAAGGUUACUUUGAUGAAAAAAUGAACAAAAUCCUCACUGAUGAGGAUGAUGACACCAAGGGUUUCUUUGACCCUAACACAGAAGAAAACCUAACCUAUCUGGGGCUUAAGAGACGCUGUAUCACACAUGAGAAGACUGGCCUUACCCUUCUACCUCUCGUGGACAAGAGAAAGUCAAGUCGGAAGAACACUCGGAGACAGAGGAGAGUGGUGAUUGUGGAUCCAGAAACGAACAAAGAGAUGACCAUACGUGAAGCUUAUGACAAGGAGUAUAUUGACUAUGACACCUUCAAAGAGCUCUCCGAGCAGGAGUGUGAGUGGGAGGAGGUCACCAUCACUGCCCCAGAUGGUUCUAUCCGCUUCGUCAUCAAUGACAAGAAGACUGGAAGAAAAUAUGACAUUAAUGAACUGCUUGAGAAGCGAGUGAUUGACCAGUCAGUUCUAGAUCAAUACCGCUCACAUGACAUCACCCUCACACAAUUUGCAGAUAUCAUCACAGAAAAGACCCAACAUGGAUCAUCAGCCUCGGCAAAAUCUUCAGUGACAUCUUCAUCAUUAACUUCAAGAGUAUCAGGUUCAUCGUCAGUGAAAUCAUCAUCAGCUUCAAGAACAGAAGCGUCAGGUUCAUCGUCAGUGAAAUCAUCUUCAGCUUCAAGAACAGAAGCGUCAGGUCCAUUGUCUGUGACGACAUCAUCAUCGUUGAUGAAGAGACCCUCAUCACCUACUCUAGCCAAGAUGACCACAACAAGAACCACUACUGUCACAGAGCGAAGUUCCACAACCAGCGGUGCUUGGGACUCACCUGACUCCCACAAGCAUUUCUCCAGCGUGUCUAUCAAUCUGGCCUCUCCUGUCGAAGCAGUGGGUGAACAGGAACCCGUGGGGGCCAUCUUUGACACAGACACGGUGGAAAAGAUAACCAUCAUGGAGGCUCGAAAUCGUGGUCUGGUGGAUUCAAUCACUGCCCAGAGACUACUGGAAGCUCAAGCCUGCACUGGAGGAGUCGUGAAUCCCGCAAAUGGCCAUAGACUUGGCAUCCAAGAAGCCGCCCGCAUGGGCAUAAUAGAUGACGACAUGGCCACUAAGCUCAAGGCUGCACAGAAAGCCUUUGUUGGCUAUGAUGACGUAAAAAUCAGGAGGAAGAUGUCUGCUGCCGAGGCCAUGAAGGAGAUGUGGCUACCAUAUGAGGCAGGACAGAGGUUCUUGGAGUUCCAGUUUGUAACAGGGGGGCUUUAUGACCCAGAGGUUGACUGCAGAAGAUCCUUAGAAGAUGCUUUGAACUUGGGCUGGCUGGAUGCGAGAUCAGCCCAGAAGCUCCAGGACAUCAGACACCACACAAAGAAUCUGACCUGCCCCAAGAGCAAACUGAAGAUCUCUUACAAGGAGGCUCUGGAUAACUGCCUGGUGGAGGAGGGCACAGGCGUGAAGAUGCUCCAGGCAUCGUCUGUGUCUUCAAAAGGGAUCAGCAGUCCAUACAACGUGUCCUCUGCUCCAGGGUCCAACACAGGCUCCAGGAGCGGCUCAGGACGAGGCUCCCGCAGGGGCAGCAUGGACCUGGGCUCCUCCACCUCCUCACUGUCGACUCACUACACUCACACAAGCUUCUCCAACUUCUAAAUCAAAGGAAAAGAUCCUGUACAUGCACGCGCUUCUCUUACAAAUUAGUAUUUUUUAAUGUGGGAAAAACAACUGGGUUAAAGGCAUAAUUGUGUGUUGUGUACAUGGAGAAAAAUUCAAGUGAAACGUUUUAAACUUUUUGCAUGGUUAUAGAUGUUAGAUUGGUGUUGCUAAGCUUUUAAAGAUGAUAGUUCAAACGAUCAUGUGAAUGAACUAAAUUAAAGUAUUAAUACAUGUCAUCUUAAGGUAUUUGGAUUGAAAGUUAACUUUAUGUUAUUAUAAAUGUUGGUGCCCCUAGAAUAGGCUUAGAAAGAAUGGCCAAACUAUUUCAUACACGUAUUUCAAAUAGAAUAUAACUGCUUUUUAAGCCUUGCAUCGGUAACAUACACUAAGGCCGAUAACGUGUUUACAUGUGUUUGACAUUGAAAUAUCCUGUUUUGUGUGAGGAGGGAUGGGUUCGGUUGGGUUUCAUAUAUUUGCUUGACUACUACAUUUUUUUUAUUGAAUCAGUUAUUGUUCUCCUGCAAUUUAGAGCUUCCGGUUUUGUAACUUUCUCUCAGUAUCUUACAAUAAAAUUUAACCUUAUAGACUCUCA